UGAAGCCUUUUAAUUUUAUUUAAAUUUGACCUAAACUUGAGUCAAAUUAAUGUGUUCAGUUUGCGAUUCUGUGGAUGUGAUUUUUCCAAGGUUGCGUACGUAUGAUUCGUGACGUAAGCAGUAUGUUACGAAAUAAGGUCAAGGAAGGAAUGACUAGUAAGAGUCUGUAUCGUGCAUAUUCCAUUAACAUAGAUUGUCUGUAGGCGUCAGAACGUAGAAGCGAGGAGUGUUCGAAUUGCCUUGGAAGUUGUUUCUAUUCCCAACAUGGGUAAAAUAAAGGCGGGACCGGUAGUGGACAUUCUUGGAGAUGAAAUGACAAGAAUUAUAUGGGAUUUAAUUAAGGAGAAGCUCAUCUUGCCAUUUCUAGAUGUAGAACUUCACACGUAUGAUCUUGGAAUUGAAAACAGAGACAAAACGGAUGAUCAAGUGACCACAGACUGUGCAAAUGCCAUUCUGAAAUAUAACGUGGGCAUUAAAUGUGCAACAAUCACUCCCGAUGAAAAGCGAGUAGAAGAAUUUAAGUUGAAGAAAAUGUGGAAGUCUCCGAAUGGUACAAUUCGAAACAUCUUGGGAGGAACAGUGUUUCGUGAAGCCAUCAUCUGCAAGAAUAUUCCUCGUUUGGUGACCGGUUGGAACAAGCCGAUUAUCAUUGGCCGUCAUGCACACGCUGACCAGUACAAAGCCACAGAUUUUGUUGUUCCUGGAGCAGGUAAGCUUGAGCUUAAGUGGACUCCAGCAGGUAGUGAUUCUAAAGAAAUUGUUCACACUGUUCAUGAAUACAAGGGGCCAGGUGUUGCACUAGGAAUGUUCAAUACUGAUGAAUCCAUUACAGCCUUUGCCCACGCUUCAUUCAAGUAUGCAUUAGACAGAAAAUAUCCACUAUAUCUGAGUACCAAGAACACAAUCUUAAAAAGGUAUGAUGGAAGAUUUAAAGAUAUUUUCCAGGAAUUGUAUGACACCAAAUAUAAGCCUCAGUUUGAAGCACUAGCUAUUUGGUAUGAACAUCGUCUGAUUGAUGACAUGGUGGCGUAUGCUAUGAAGUCAGAAGGAGGUUUUGUUUGGGCAUGCAAGAACUAUGAUGGAGAUGUGCAGUCUGAUACUGUUGCCCAAGGGUAUGGUUCUCUUGGGCUGAUGACUUCGGUACUUAUAAGUCCUGAUGGUAAAACAGUAGAAGCAGAAGCAGCUCAUGGGACAGUCACACGGCACUACCGCUUCUACCAACAAGGAAAGGAAACUUCUACCAACCCAAUUGCCUCAAUUUUUGCCUGGACCCAAGGGCUAGCCCAUCGAGCAAAACUGGACAACAACAAACCUCUUGCAGAUUUUUCAAACAAACUAGAAGCAGUCUGUGUUGAAACCAUUGAAGCCGGUGACAUGACAAAGGACCUUGCAAUUUGUGUUAAGGGCAUGGCUAAUGUGCAGCCUUCAGAUUAUCUGGAGACAUUUGCUUUCAUGGACAAGCUGGCAGAAAAUUUGAAGAAGAAGCUGGCUGCAUGACUUCAAGAGAGUAAACUGUAAUUAUAAUUAUUUACUCCCUUCCAUAGGGUUACUGUAUUUUAUGAAUUGAUGAAAUGGCUGCUUGUAAGCAUGGUCACGGUAACUUUUAAAAUGUGAAUGUUGCAGGAUACUCUGGAAACCAAGCAUUUAACUGAUUCUUAUUCAUUGUCUUUUUUGGAUCAUGGUUAAUUGAUAUUAGUUUGGUAUUAGGAAUAUUUAUGUAUGAUAUUAUUUUGGUAUCAAGAGUAAUAUAUUGAUGUCUUAUUUGUUGCAUUAAAUGCAAAAUAUUACAUGUUAA